AUGGCUGCCGAGACGGUGAUAAGGCGAUCUCGCAAGCGUGUGCAUCUCGAGCAGCAAGGCACCGCUUUGUCCUCCUUCCUGUCCCUCGGAGGAGCCGCGGAGGCCAUAGGUGCCAACCCACCGAUGCGUGCACAUCGCUUCCAGUUUCUAGACGCCCACCGCCAGCGCCUUCAGCGGGAGUGUCAACCGCAGGAACUACUCAUCCAGCAAGAACAGCAGCAGGUAGGGCGACCACUACAGCGACAGCAGCAUCACUUACAGCGACAGCGACAGCAACAGCAGCAAUUGCAGCGAGAACUGCAACAGCAACAACAGCAGCAGCGGCAGCAGCAGUUACUGCUCGAGCAUCAACGCAGCAUCUUCCGCUACCCAGCACCUCCACCAAGUUAA